AUGCCCCGACCGGCCACCACCGGGUACGAGCGCCUUGCUCAGGCCGAUCACAGCGACGACUCGGACGACGAGCCGCUGGCUGCCAGCUAUGCCUCGCUGCAGGACCCGACCGCCCCGCGCUAUGCCCCCAUUAACCAGCCCCGCCCAUUCUCGGGCAUGACCACCCCGAAGCGCUCGUCACACUCGGCCGCUGCUUUCCGCGAAUCCUCCCGGCCGGGCGGACGUCACCCACGGCGCGGCCGCAGGAACUCGGGCGUCGACCUCAAGGCCAUCAAUGCCCGCCUCGAGCGCUGGGCCGACGAGAUCGCUUCCAAGUUCAAGCGCGGCCGCAACAAGAAGAAGGGCGAGGAGGAGCGUCUCGAGAUCCACCACUCCGUCUUCCAGCCGCCAGAGGGCGUCCGCCCCGUGACGGCCGAGAUGCUAGCCGUGCCCGAGCCCGGCUACAUGACCAAGGACGAGUUUGAGGCCAUUGUCGACAGCGUCAGGGCCGCCAUACGCCAGGGCGUGCAUCCGCGCAUGAUCUCGCAGGGGAGCUCUGGCAGCUACUUCGCGAGGAAUCCUGAAGGCAAGGUGGUCGGCGUGUUUAAGCCCAAGGACGAGGAGCCCUACGCGGCGGGGAAUCCUAAGUGGAACAAGUGGAUUCAUCGGAACUUGUUCCCUUGCUUUUUCGGCAGAGCUUGCCUCAUCCCCAACCUCUCCUACGUGAGCGAAGCCGCAGCCUAUGUCCUCGAUUCCCAACUGCGCACGCAUCUGGUGCCCUACACAGACGUCGUCUACCUGUCGUCCAAAUCAUUCCACUACCCCUUUUGGGAUCGCUACAACUUCUCGAGGAAACGCAAGGCGCUGCCUGCAAAACCGGGCAGCUUCCAGGUCUUUCUCAAGGGCUAUAAGGACGCAAACGUCUUCCUUCGGGAGCACCCGUGGCCAGACCAGUAUUUCUCGGGCUUUCGGACGACAGACACCCAUAGGAAGCGGACACGGCGCUGGGCAGACAACUGCCGUCCCUCAAGUGCCCCGCAUGACGAUGGGGACAGCGAUGACGGCAACGAGAGCUUGCACUCUCAGACGCCGGGGCCCGGCAAUUUUGUGUGGACGCCCACGCUGAAGCAGUCCUUCAGAGAGGAGCUCGAGAAGCUCGUCAUUCUGGACUACAUUAUGCGGAACACGGAUAGAGGGCUGGACAACUGGAUGAUCAAGGUCGAUUGGGAAACCGAGCAGGCCUCGGUAGCAUCGGAGCCUAUCCGCCUCAACAUGGACACGUCAGAUCCCGAACCAGGGCCGCGACCGGUAGACAUGUCGCAGAGGGGCCCGCCUCGGACUCGGGCGUCGCAUCCCUACAGGACGGAACGACCCAUGGACGCAUCGACGCCCGUGUCGACCACGCCGGACCCCAAGAUCACAAUAGGCGCGAUUGACAAUUCCUUGUCGUGGCCCUGGAAACACCCGGAUGCUUGGAGAAGCUUCCCGUUUGGCUGGCUCUUCCUCCCCGUCGAUCUUAUCGGCAGGCCAUUCUCACAGAAAACCCGCGAUCAUUUCCUUCCCUUGCUCACAUCCAAGCACUGGUGGAGCCAGACCCAGCUCGCCCUGCGCAGGGUCUUCCAGAUGGACCAAGACUUCCAAGAGCGCAUGUUCGCCCGCCAAAUAGCCGUCAUGAAAGGCCAAGCGUGGAACGUGGUCGAGACGCUCAAAACCGCCGACCACGGCCCGCUCGAGCUGACGCGGCGCCCCAAGGUCUGCGUCUGGGACGACCUGGUCGACGUCCCCGUCGCCGUCCCCAUGAGGGCCGCAAGCGCCGAGAUGCACCGCCGCGCCGCCGCCGAAUCCGACGCUGCUGCUGCGGCCGCCGCGGCAGCCGUUGCCCAUAAUGCCAAGCCAAGCAGCGACAUGAUUGCCGAGGAAGAAAUGGACAUCGGCGCCGCCAACACCUCCUCCGAGGCGCACGCGGCCAGCGCCCCGCCAACAGCCGGCACCGGCCCCGUCGUCGACCUGCUCGGCAUGCCCAGCCCGCCCGCCGACCUCCCCCACCCGGGCCGCUUCGAGCUCGCCCUCGCAGACAACGAGCCGUCCUCCCCUAGCCCGCCCCUCAGCAACGGCGGCAACAACGGCACCAAACCCGACGCAUCCGCACGCCCCGUCCGGCCCCACCUCUCCCGCGCCGCCCACAGCCACCGCUCCCUGAACGUCUACUCCCCCGACCGCACGCCGGGCGGAUCCGACCAGCCGCAGCGCGAGACGCGCUUCUCCUUCGCCAGCACGCCCGCCGCCCGCCGCGAGAGCCACUCGCUCGCCGCGCAGCUGUACGCCAACGCCAACGGCGGCGGCCGCCGCGGCAGCGGCGGGCGCGCGAGCUAUGAGUACCACCGCGAUGAGGAUGAGGAGCUCGAGGGAGGGGAUCUCGGCUAUGCCGCGGCUACCGGCAUGGAGGGGAACCGGCGGAAGGUGAUUGUUGAGCGGUUGGAGAUGGUCAAGGGGCGGAAUCCGGUGUUUACUUGGUGUUGA